AGUCAAACGCGCAUGAACAUAAGAAGAAAAAUUUACAAUCCGCCAGUAAUUUCUUGAUUUAAAUUGAUAAAUAAACGAGUUUGAGUGUGAUUUUAGUCAAUACAAACAAUCUAUAGUCAUGGCUAAACCGGAGCAGUUGUUGCAAAUCGAGCCAGAAACUGAAUUAAAGUUCAGAGGUCCAUUCAAUGUAUCCGUAAUGUCAUAUAUGCGGUUGACCAACCCAACGGAUAAGAAAAUUUUGUUCAAGAUAAAGACAACAGCACCCAAGAAGUAUUGCGUGCGCCCCAAUUCGGGCGCUUUGGAUCCAAAGCAUACAAUCGAAGUGGCCAUUGCCUUACAACCGUUCGUAUUCGAUCCAAAUGAGAAGAACAAACACAAGUUCAUGGUGCAAAGUUUGGUUGCGCCUGAAGGGGAUUUCGAUGCGGAUCGUUUGUGGAAAGAAGUUACGCCGGAGCAACUCAUGGACUCGAAGCUAAAAUGCGUGUUCGAAGUACCCGUAGAUAAUAACACAGUGAUUGACUUGUCCUCGUCAAAUAUUAACCAGACAGGCAAUCGUUUGCUUCUAGGUGGUAAGACAGAAGCGCCCGUUGUCAAACAGGAGACGGCACAAUUGAACGCUACGGAGGACAAAACAUUCGCAAAAUCGACGUCGGGCGACAUUCAUGCUGAUUACGCGAGAACAGUGGCUGAAAUUCAAAAGUUGCGGGAAGAAGAAAGUCAAUUACGGAUGGAAAAUAUCGAGUUAAAGGAGCAAAUAUUGAAAUUGAAGCUUCAAUCGAACACAGGAAGUUCCGGAAGUCAUCAUCAACCUGCGCCCCAAAAUCCGUAUGCGCCGCAACACAUAGCCGCCAAUCAACAACUCUCGCCAAUGUACAUUGCAGCUGCCAUUGCAAUUGCAAUUCUUGGUCUAUUGUUGGGCAAAUUCGCCCUUUGAACUGUUGACGGUCUUAUUAAUUCAGAUAACGACGAAGGGGAUGCCGCAAAUAACAUUCUACAACAAAUCAACAAAAACAACAACUAAACAAACUUCGUUCAAAUUCCCAUAAGAAAACGAAAGGAAAAGUGCGCGCGUUCACAACCAAUUCGGGCAGUUAUUUAAUUAUAAUUAUAAGUAUAUAUGAUACCGUACAUAAAAACAACAACAACUCACAAACACACAAACUCAUCAUGCAUACUCUCACUCAAAUAUUUAAACAGAAAAGUAAAGUAAAUGAACGGUUUGGAUAUAAUAGAGAGCCAGAAGAAUUUAAUAAAUAAAUAGGAGACACACUUUCACGUAAAAUAAAGAUAUAUCGAUUAAUUUGAGCAAAAUAUUUAAGAGCAAGGUAAAAACAUAACGUAACGUAAAAACGCAAGGACAUUAGAUUUACGGACAAAAUCAAAUAAAAUAUUUUAAUAGCUUCUAAUAUUCAAUUAUUGUAAAAAAAUAGAACUUCAUUUGUUUUUUUUUUUUUUGUUUUUUACCACUCAUUCAUUCAUUGUGUUAAUUGUAUUGUACCAUCUUACCACUUUUUACACACAUUUCAUUGUUGUAUUCGUCGCGUGGUCACUUUUUUUUGUAAAAUUUUUGCAAAAUUAUGAUGUGUUCUCUUAAUAAUUUUUCCCAAUAAUUAAAGUAGAAACGAAUAUUUUGUAAAUUUUUAUUUUUAUCAAUUCUGCAACAAUUCUUACAAACAUAACAGAAACAAAAAAUAAUAAUAAACAAAAAAUUAAUAAUCUAAUUAAUUAAUAUAAUAAAAAAAUUGUAAUCAUUAAAAAAUGUAUGAUAUCAGCGCUUAGUUCGCUUUGAGAGUCAUUUCUGUUUUUCGCUUGGUUUUUAUAAAAAAAAAAAUAAAUCUUAAAGAAAUAGCCACGGUAUAGCAGAUUGGUAUUAGGUGAAUUAAAAAGUUAAAUUUAUAAUUAAUUAUUUUCCUCUCUUUGCAUUUUAAUCAUAGUUAAAAAAAAAAUGGAGAUUAAAGAACAGUGGAUUUUCACACAGACAAAAUUUAAGAUCGUCUUAAAAGUUAUCAAUUGGUUUUUUUUAUUAAAAUAAUAUUGAUUAUUAUUAUUACAUACUUUGAGAAGAAAAAUUGUUCUCUAUGGUUAUAUUUGCUCUAAUGUUAAACUAUAUUAUUAAAUUAUAUAAUUAAAUUUACUAUCACUGUAAGAGUAUUUACUACAUACCUAUCAAAAUAUUGUAAAAUUAGUUCUUGAAAAGAAUAAUGAGAAACGGAUCUCUUUUAUAUCAAAGAGGAGAUCGGGCUCAUUUGAAACGCAUUUCUAAUUAAUUAUUUUUAUUUUCAUGUUUUUGUUUGUUCGUUCGUUUGAAAAAUCAAAUCCACAUUCAAGGAAAAAUGAUGGUAACAGGCAGAAAAAUAAAUGUU